AUGUAUAUGAACAGUCUUCUAUUUGUAUUCUGUUAAUGUACAUUUUAGUAGUAAGAAAUGUGUUAAUAUAAUCCAGGAAGAAGCCCAGCCCUCCUCCAUUAACUUUUAUUUUUAUUAUUAUUAUUAUUAUUUUUUGUAGUAGUAGUAUUAAGGAUUGAACACAGAGGCCUGCUAUCACUGAGUUACAUCCCCAGCCCUUUUUACUUUUUGAUUUAGAUAGUGUCUUAUUAAGUUCCCAAACUGGUCUCAUAUUUGUAAUCCUCCUUCCUCAGCCUCCCUAGUCCCUGGGAUUACAGGCACAAGCCACCACGCCCAGUUUAACCUUUUAUUUUAAAACAUGGAUUCAUAGAAAGUUGCAGUAGAAAAAGGAAAAAAUGUAUAUGAUGGUCCCCUGCACCCUUUGCCCAGUUUACCCCAAUGGUAACAUCUUAUGUAAGUGACUCCUCAUCAGUUUACCCCAAUGGUAAUGUCUUAUGUAAGUAUAAUAUCAAUUUUUAAUUAUCAGUUUUCAUUCAGCAGAAAUCAGCUAAGCAGCUAUUUAUAUGCCAGCUCUUGAGAGUAGAUUAAACUCUGACCUUGUGCAGUUCUUCUUGUUUUUGGCUUGUCAGAAUAAUUGUCUCCAAAUAUAGUUUUUAUUCUUGUGUUCUUUGUUGAAACUUAUUUGCAGCUCUUUUUAAUGUUAAACAUUGUUAUUCCUCACUUUCAUAUUUACUUUCUUUUAAAACAAUUUUUACACUGUGUUCCCAUCUUUGUUUUAUAAUCUUUACAGCACCAGAACCAUGUUGCCUGCAUUGUCUUAUUUUAAUCACAUGCCAGUUUUGCAGUGCUACCAAGUCUGGAUCUGAGAGGCAGCUUGUGUGAAUCAUUUACAUACAUUUCUGUUUAUAUUCUCCAAAUUAAUUUGGAACUUUAUAUUUUUUAUCCACUUGUAUGUUCAAAACACAUUUUAAUAAUUCAUUUUAUGAAGGAAUUUGUCAUCUGUGAUUUAAAAAUUGGCUCAAAGAGCAGAACUAUUAAACAAUAGCAGAAACCGCACAAUAUGUAGGACUUUAAAUGGUAAUUGCUAAACAUUUGCAUGUUCUCAAAAAUCUUAGUGUGUAUCUAUAUGCUAUUCCACUAGGACUUGCACAGAUAGGUUUUGCACAAUAUCUUUGCUGUUACUGUCAGCCAUAAACAAAUUACACGUAUUUAACAAGUUAAUGUCAGAUUGGCCAGGAGCCACCGGGAGGUGUGUACUUAGUGACAUCAGCUGGCAAAGAGCCCUGGUAACAGGGAGGGUUGGAAGGGUUGUGGAGAGAGAGGAAGCAGGAGGGAGAGAGGAAAAGAGACAGAGAGAGACUGACUGUAUCUGGGGAUUCUGGCAAGGUGAAGAGCUGGUCUGUUUGGCAGGACCUUCCCAUCUGGGAUCCAUCUGUGUUUCCCUGGAAUGGGACAGGCAGCUCCAGUCAGUGAGAAAUCGCAGAUGUGAGAGAGCUGACACAUGUCCAGCUAAUGAAAGGAGGAGGAAGGCUGGUCUCCGAUUGGGCUUUGAAGAUUAGGAGGAGAAAAAGAAGAGCUUUUAAAUAUCUAAUUCAAAUAAAUUUUAUACUAAAAACUUGGAUUGUUAUAACCUGGGCGUUCAGGUUGGUUCUGAGAAAAGGGUGCCAGCAAUGCCUGGAUCGCCUGUGGAAGUGAAGAUACAGUCAAGAUCCUCACCUCCCAUCAUGCCACCCCUCCCACCAAUAAAUCCAGGAGGACCAAGGCCAGUGUCCUUUACUCCUACAGCAUUAAGCAAUGGUAUCAACCAUUCUCCUCCUACCCUGAAUGGCGCUCCAUCACCACCACAGAGAUUCAGCAAUGGUCCUGCCUCUUCCACUUCAUCUGCGCUAACAAAUCAGCAGUUACCAGCCACUUGUGGAGCUCGGCAACUCAGCAAGUUGAAACGCUUUCUCACCACUCUGCAACAGUUUGGCAAUGAUAUCUCGCCUGAGAUUGGGGAGAAAGUUCGGACUCUCGUUCUAGCACUGGUGAACUCAACAGUGACAAUUGAAGAAUUCCAUUGCAAGCUCCAAGAGGCUACAAACUUUCCUCUUCGUCCUUUUGUGAUUCCAUUCCUCAAGGCCAACUUGCCCCUGCUGCAGCGAGAACUGCUGCACUGUGCUCGGGCUGCCAAGCAGACCCCGUCCCAGUACCUUGCUCAGCACGAACACCUUCUGCUCAACACCAGUAUCGCGUCUCCUGCCGAUUCUUCAGAGCUGCUCAUGGAGGUUCAUGGAAAUGGAAAAAGACCCAGUCCAGAGAGAAGGGAAGAGAGUAAUUUUGAAAGAGAUACUAUUCCUCCUGAGCCUCCAGCCAAGAGAGUGUGUACCAUCAGCCCUGCUCCUAGGCACAGUCCUGCCCUCACUGUGCCCCUUAUGAAUCCUGGGGGCCAGUUCCAUCCUACUCCUCCACCUCUCCAGCACUAUACGUUAGAAGAUAUUGCAACUUCUCACCUAUAUCGGGAACCCAAUAAGAUGCUAGAACAUCGAGAAGUUCGUGAGAGGCACCACAAUCUUAGUCUAAAUGGAGGCUAUCAGGAUGAGUUGGUAGACCACCGUUUGACAGAAAGGGAAUGGGCUGAUGAAUGGAAACAUCUUGACCAUGCCCUGAAUUGCAUUAUGGAAAUGGUAGAGAAAACAAGGCGCUCCAUGGCAGUUCUGAGGCGCUGCCAGGAAUCUGACCGUGAAGAACUCAACUACUGGAAAAGACGAUUUAAUGAAAACACAGAGAUGAGGAAAACAGGGACCGAGUUGGUCUCCAGGCAGCACAGCCCUGGGAGUGCAGAUUCACUCAGCAGUGAUUCUCAGCGGGAAUUCAGUAGUAGACCAGGAACAGGAUACGUACCUGUGGAGUUUUGGAAGAAAACAGAAGAAGCUGUGAAUAAGGUGAAAAUUCAGGCCAUGUCAGAAGUACAGAAGGCCGUGGCUGAGGCUGAGCAAAAAGCCUUUGAAGUGAUUGCAACAGAGAGAGCGCGAAUGGAGCAGACCAUAGCGGACGUCAAACGACAGGCUGCGGAGGACGCCUUCCUCGUCAUCAACGAGCAGGAAGAGUCGACCGAGAACUGCUGGAACUGUGGCCGCAAAGCCAGUGAGACAUGCAGUGGCUGCAAUAUCGCACGGUACUGCGGCUCUUUCUGCCAGCACAAGGACUGGGAGCGGCACCACCGCCUCUGUGGCCAGAGCCUGCAUGGCCAGAGUCCCCACAGCCAGGGCCGGCCGCUGCUUCCUGGAGGGAGGGGCUCCUCGGUCAGGUCUGCUGACUGCAGUGUGCCCAGCCCAGCCCUGGACAAGACCUCAGCAGCCACCUCACGUUCCUCAACUCCUGCCUCUGUGACAGCCAUUGAUACCAAUGGACUCUAAACCCCAAGUUCCACUUCUCUGAUGACCACUCUGAAUGACAGAACCCUUGCACCAAAGGGCCUGGCUGUUGGAAUAAGUAGCUUGGGUCAUCAGCAAGAAAUGAAGUGCAGCAGGAAACAUCCAAGCAGCACUCUGUGGUCUGUCUUGGACUUGCAUCUGUGUCCUGGUAGAAUGAGUGCCAUUCUCUGCACACAAGCAGCCCAUCUGAGCUGCUUCUUCUGGGGGCUUUCAUGGUGUGUUCCUUCCCAGCUGAAGCUGGCUUGGCUCCUUGGAGGCCACAACUUCCCCAGCUCCUUGAGUCAGCAGACUGAUGAAUGUGAUAGCCAGGCUGGCAGCAGCUUGCCAUGUACUAUCUCCCACUCUGUCCAUGGUCCUCAGAUGGCAGAGACCUCGAGCCUGGCAGCAGACUGAGGAGGAGAAGGAUUCCCCCCUCCCACUGAGUAGCUCUUUGAGCCCUUUUCCAUCCUCAGAAGGCGACACUGAUUGGCUUCAUGGGCACUUGGGUAUACCAAAAGCAUCACCUUGAGACUCCCUUCUCAACCCUGCUUUCAGACUUAAGAUGCUCAGAAAUGACAGGAAAGAAGUCACCACUUUAAUAUGAGCACCCAUGAUAAUAAAAAUAAAUAAAUAAAUCUUCCCUAAGCAACACAGAUCAUUUUGGACAAGAUUUUCCAACCUGGCUGGCUACUUUACUUUGGAACCCAUUUUUCUCCCUCUUUCUUGAUUUUGCUUGUGCAGAAAAUAUUUUCCAGCGCAUGGAUUUGUCCAAGAGAGAAUGAGACUCCAUCAUGUUAGUCUUUUCUCUCUGAGCAUGUUGACCACCUCCUGUCAUCAAAUCACUGAGUGGAUCAUCCCUUGGAAAUGCAGAGCCUUCUGCCCUCGCCUGGCUGUUUGCACAGUUGUCUCGUUCUAUGUCCUUUUCUCUCUCAGACCACACACGUCCAGACUGCUGUGGGCAUCUUCUGCCCACGGGCUCUGUUUAGCACCUUUAGGCCACAGUUGUCCCCCUGGAUGUGCUGUGGUGUGUUUGUAGGACUUGCCCCACCCACCAAGGCCUGGUCUUCUCUGAGCAGCCCUCCUGGACCUGAAGGAAUCCUUCAGACCUGCUCCAUGGAGUCAUUAGCAGGCACAGUCUCAGUUUACCUUCCCUUAGCUGUUCAGUACCUUCCCUCUGGUUCGUGGAGUGUGGGACUCAUCUAGGAAAGCAAGCCUGACCCGUUCUUCCUCCUCUCUCCAGGAGUUUUCCUGCUUCCUGGCACUCCAAAUUGACAUUACCUGUAUCCCUUUCACAGUGGUGGCCACUGCCUCACAGGUUCUCUUCUGCCAUUUGGGUUUUGUCGGGAGCCCAAGGACCUUGCCUGCCCCUCCUGCUUGGCACCUUUGAGCCUCUAGUGUCCUGUCCCGUGGAAUCAGUUGGAGUGACGUGGUUAGCCCUGCUCCUGCUGGCUUGAGAGCCAGGGUUAGAUCACCACCUUCACACAGACAGAGUGCAGGAAGAGGGAUGGACACAGUGGUGUUCUUGCAUAGAGGGGCAUCUUCCUUUAGAACCCACCUGAUUCAUCUUAACCAGUCUUAGACACUCAAUACAAGACACCUUUAAAAUCCCUAGAUUUCCAUCCUAUAAAGCAAGGUAUACUCAGAAAAAGAAGAACAGAGAAUCAUGCUCCUUGACCACAUAAGACCCCCUGUUUUCUGUCAGCCUGUAUGGCUGUGUCCCCACCACCUCUACCUCCUGGAGCCCUAGCAGCUAGGGCAGCCUGGCUUUACUAGGCAUGGAGUCAAUCCUCAAAUUGUGCACCCACAUUUCCAUAAGAAAGGCGGUAUCUUCUGAAAAGACCUUUGAGCCUCUAACUCAGUUGUAGAAGGAGGGCAUCUCACAUUAUAUACUGGAUCUGCCCUCGGGUUAUUUUCCUUAAAUAAGUUAGAUGAACACCUAAACAGCUUUUUAAAAUCUUCACUGGCAACAAGACUAGCCAGGGUAGCUCAAGUUUUUUACUGGCUGGAAUAAAGAGCCAAAACAAAUAUAAUACUUAUCAGGGCUUGAGGUCGAUUUGGGGUGUAGGGCCUGACCUACUUCUGUGGGCUCUGGUUUCAAUGACAGUUCCUGUUUCCAAGUCUUUGUAAUGCUGUUCUAGACUGCUUUGCUCAUGUGAUACUGGAAGCCUGUCUGCAGACCUGAGCAAAAUUGUGCACCACAGUUCUCAGACCAUUCCCUAUGUUCAUUCUGGUCAGUGUCACACACAAGUCACUAGGGCAUCAGUACAGGACUAACUAUUCAAACUUAAGGAAUCCCUUUCUCUGGGAACUUCCUUUCUCUAAUCCAACUUCCUAAUUGAGGGGAAGAGCAGAACCUAGGAUGAGGUAGGUGGCUGGGGGGACAGAUGUGAGUCCAGGUUCCAGGUUAGAGUUGAGCAUAAAGCGCCCCCCACCACCACCACCUUUCUCAUCUCCACUAGGAUUUAAAAGAAGUAGUAUCCGUAUAAUGAGGUUGCUCAGAGGUCUGGCCUCUACUCAGGCUAAGAGGCUGGGAUGAUGGUACAAAAGUGUGCAGGGCAAGGCAGUCAGAGGCUCUUUGAUUUUAUCAUGGAAACCAGAAGCAAAGAGCAUAAGGCCAGUGCUCAACAUCGCUUGCUGAGGGACACUGAUGAGUUCUUUGCCAAAAGAAUGAUUGCAGGAACCAGAGAACACCAAAUGUGGCCAAAGUAGGAGCCGACUUUUUUUUUUUUUUUUUUUUUUUUUGAGGGGGGGUGUAUCUUGAGAUUGAACCCAGGGAUGCUUUAUCACUGACCACAUCCCCAACCCUUUUUAUUUUUUACUUUGAGAUAGGGUCUCCCUAACUUGCUUAGGGCCUCACCAAGUUGCUAAGUCUGGCCUUGAACUUGCUUCAGUCUCCCAUGUCACUGGGAUUAUAGAUGUGCAUCACCAUACCUGGCUUGGAACCGACUUAAGUGUCCCAAGGGAUAGUUGAGGGCAGGGUUUCUAUCUUCAGUUGUUUUCUGUGUCCCCUUUCACCUGCACUGUCCUGACUCCAUGCAACCGUGAAGGUGACUCAAGCCCAGGAAUAGGCAGUCCACCCUGUGAACCACCCUCUAGAGCUGGUACUGAUCAAAUUUCAGCUCCAGGGCUGAAAUUUCAGCACAUCUGCUCAGAUUGGGUGGAUGGAUCAUUCUUAGGGCACCCCUGAGUCGUGUCUGCCAGGAUAUCUACAUCUGGGAACCUCAGGUCUACCCUUGGCACUGACUGCUCCCCUCUGCAGUGUGGACCCUUUGCUAUCUGCCCAUCAGUUCCCCUAGAAUUCAUCAUUUCUUGGUGUCAACCUGUGCAUCUUUAGCAUCCAGACAGAAACAUCUACAUGUUGCUUUCUUUGUACAACCUGUCCCAAAGUUGAAGUGAUCCCCAACUGUCACUGCUCACAAGGCUGUAGACAUUGGUUCGGGUCAUUCUGGAAGAUAUCUCAGCAAUUGUGUUUGAAGAUUCAACAGUAUAAUUGGAAUGUGUGGUAGUGAGUUGUCCAGAGAGAGCAUAAAGGACCACCAGAUGGCCAUUUGUUCUGGAAACUGUAGAGGGCCACGGAUGGAAUAAAGCAUUACCAGUACGAUACAUCUUGGGGGCUUUCUUCAUAACUGAACUAGAACCAAGGUUCAAAGGCUGUGGAUUCCAAGCCAGUUUUUUGGAUGGUUUUUACUUGGGUGGCGGCAUGUUUGAACCAAAUGUGAGAAAAGCCAGAAGGACUGUCCCAGCACAGGCCAAAUAGCCAGCUGUCAGAGAAGAGCCCUGCCUGGGCCCAACUGGGCAACAGGGCCGGCUGUUCGGCAGGCCCCUUCCCACUUGAGGAUGUUCUUGUGAAACCAAAAUGCUGACUACUGGCCUCUUUGCUCCGGUGCAUUGACAUGCUCAUUUCCAAAGAUGAUGGAGCAGGUGACCUUUCCCAUCAUGAGCCAGAAGGUUGGGAAGCCUGAGGGCAGGCCCCCUCCAAGCCACAGAAAAUGGCGCUUCCCACGCACCCCCCAUCUGGUCAGGCCUCCAGCUGCCAGUGUAUACUCUCAUUGAUGCUUAAACCAAAUAGGGCAUGUGUGGCUGGUGUCUGUCAGGGACAGCCCCGUCCCUGUCUUGGAGUCAGCAGAGAGAAGCAGCAAUAAGCAUUCGGUGAAUGGUUGAAAGGGCUGUUUGGCUAAGAGGCCUUCAGCCCACUGACAUGGCUUUCCAAGUUCCUGAUAAGGCUACAAAGGCUCCGUCCAUAAAAGAAAGCUGAUAAUGUAAAUAAGUAGAAAACUAAGCCGCAGAGCGCAAUUUUCAAAGGGGGACAUGAAUGUGAAACCACCCUCAGAAUGCGUUAGUCUGAUUUUUCUGUGCUUUGUCAUUUUACUCUGAUAGGAACUUUUGUUACUUAACUCUGUGCAUAACUUAUUUAAUGUACUGUAUAAAUGAACCAAAACUGUUAAAUAUGUAUUUAGUUUGUUCUACUUAAAGUAGUCAAUAAAAAGGCUAUAUUCCU